GUGUUUGGUUAGAAAGUAAAUGAAAUGAGAAAGAGUGAAUAGAGUGGAGAGCUGAGAGUGAGCGAGGAAUGAAAAAGGAAUUGAAAAUCAAAAUAACAAUCAAGACGAAGGUUUACAUAUGUUUCGGAAACUAAAAUGGUUCAGUACUUUCUCCCAUAGAAGUUGGUCGAUUAAACGCUUGCCAAAUGCUCAUCACUUCCCUAACCCUAAGUCUCCCGCCUCGCCUCUGUCGUCAGCACCGACACCUACGGCCACACGGACGGAGGCGGUCGAUGUUACUUUAGAUACUCUUCAUGAAAUCGCUGUUUACAUUCACAGGUUUCAUAAUCUUGAUCUUUUCCAGCAAGGAUGGUAUCAAAUUAAGAUUAGUAUGAGAUGGGAGGACAGCGAGUCGAUGGGAACACCGGCACGUGUUGUUCAAUAUGAAGGAAUCUCGUGGUUGUCCAGGAUCAGUGGACUGGAAGUGGCAAUGACAAUGUGGGUGUUUGGUAUCGGAUUACAAUCUCCUGAACUGGGUCCUGAAGAUACUUAUGGGGUUUGGAGGAUUGAUGAUAUGGAAAACAGUUUUUCGACACAACCUUUCCGGAUCAGAUAUGCAAGGCAGGAUGUUUAUCUAUCAAUUAUGAUUGCAUUCAAUUUAUCUGAUAGUAGACAUGAGGGCCCAUCAACAUCUGCUGUUAUAUUGAAGUUUGAGCUCAUGUAUUCUCCUGGGCUGGAGAGUGGCCCUGAGUUGCAAUCAUCUCUUGGUGCAUGUCCUGCUGCCGUUCAUGAAUUCCGAAUUCCUCCCAAAGCACUUCUAGGAUUGCAUUCUUAUUGCCCUGUUCAUUUUGAUGCUUUGCACACUGUCCUUGUUGACGUAAGUGUACACAUCAGUCUACUAAAAGCUAGUUCGUCCACGGCCUCAUUGAAGGAACCAUAUCAGUUAUAGGCUUAUCAGCCAUGGUAAGAAGACGAAAAAUUGAUCUCAACACAAAUAGUCAACACAACUCUUCAAAGAACAAAAUCUGAUACCAACAGAAAUCAACAAAAC